UUUCCACAGAAUCCUGCCAGCUGAUCAUCCCUAGAAGUCCCAUCUAUCACUAAGGCUUCCUUGCUCUCCAGGGUUGCUAAGAACCUCCUGGAAUCUUCUGAGAUUUUCUCAACCACUGGCCAAAGAUAAAGUGGUCCUGUCCUUAAGGAAUGACCUUCUUGUUUGUGACUCCUGAUCUCUAAAGCUCUCCUGGUCAUGCAGUUGCUAAUGAGAUCUCAAGUGCUUCGAGGCCUUUGUGUUUCCUGGACAGUUUAUGGUUCCCUUGGCCCUCGUCCCAGGCACCUCCUUGCCCGAACUUUUUCAAGGAAAUGGGGAGACUAUGAAAUCCCCAAAGAGUUUAAUUUUGCCAGUGAUGUGAUGGAUCACUGGGCACGUAUGGAAAAGGAGGGCAAAAGAGAUCCACUCCCUGCUCUAUGGUGGGUGAAUGACAAAGGGGAUGAAAUAAAAUGGAAUUUCCAAGAACUGGGUGACUUGACCCGCCAGACAGCCAACGUUUUAACGGAGAACUGUGGCCUGCAGAGAGGAGAUCGACUAAUUAUUAUUCUGCCCCGGAUUCCUGAGUUGUGGCUGUUGUCAGUGGGAUGUAUGCGCACAGGACUUGUCUUACUACCAGGAACAAUCCAGUUAACAGCCAAAGACAUCCUCUACAGGUUGCAGUCAUCAAAAGCCAAAGGCAUUGUGACUUAUGAAACCUUGGCCCCAGUCGUGGACUCCGUGGCAUCUGACUGCCCUCAGCUGAAAACCAAAGUUCUGGUAUCAGAGAAUAGCCGGGAUGGGUGGCUGCACUUUAAGACAUUGCUUAAAGCUGCAUCUAUAGACCACACUUGUGUAAAGACAAAAGUACAAGACCCUUUGAUCAUCUUCUUUACCAGUGGAACCACAGGCCUACCCAAGAUGACCUUACAUAGCUCUGGGCUUGCACUGAGAUCAUGUCUCCCAUCCAGCAGGCAAAUCCUGAAACUUAUGAGUUCUGAUAUCUCAUGGUGCUUAUCAGACCCUGGCUGGAUUUUAUCAUUUGUGGGGACAAUGAUAGAACCUUGGAACGCAGGAGCCUGCAGCUUCAUCCGUGACAUGUCUCAGUUCAACCCUGAGACCAUUCUGAAGACACUCUCCAAAUUCCCCAUCACGUGCACAAUAGCUGCUUCAUCCGUAUAUCGAAUGCUUCUACAAUUCAAUAUUUCCAGUUACAAGUUUCCAACCCUGAAACAUAGUGCUGCUGGUGGUGAGAUGCUGCUGCCUGAAGAGUUUGAGAAGUGGAAAAAAGCAACAGGUCUGAACAUCCAUGAAAUAUAUGGACAGUCAGAAACGGGAUUAACUUGUGCAGUGUCCAGGGGGAUGAAGAUCAAGAAAGGCUCCAUGGGGAAAGCUAUUCCACCUUUUGAGAUGCAGAUUAUAGAUGAUAAAGGCAAUAUCCUUCCCCCAGGGACAGAAGGGAAUAUAGCCAUCAGGAUCAAACCUACUAGACCUAUCGGCUUAUUCUCUGGCUACUUGAAUAAUCCAGAGAAGACUUCCUUAACAGAACUUGGUGACUUUUAUGUCACAGGUGAUAGAGGCACUAUAGAUGAAGAAGGCUAUUUCUGGUUCCUUGGUCGAUAUGAUGACGUCAUUAAUGCUUCUGGGUACCGGAUUGGUCCCUCUGAAGUUGAAAAUGCCCUGGCAGAACACCCAGCUGUGGCAGAAUCAGCAGUCAUUGGCUUCCCAGACCCAAUCCGAGGAGAGGUGGUGAAAGCAUUUGUGGUCCUGACUCCGGAAUUUAGGUCCCAUGACCCUGACAAGCUGGUUCGGGAGCUGCAGCAGCAUGUAAAGAAGGUUACGGCUCCCUACAAAUACCCCAGGAUGGACAUCCUACUGCUGAGGUUCAAUUGUCAAAAAAAAAUCCAUUUUGCCAUCAUGAAGAUUUUAUUCCAGUUGCAGAUGUUCAGAUUCAUCUGGAAUCCUAAGUUUCCUAGGAGGUAUUUUCAUCAAGGCUACCAGGUUUUGGCUCCUCUGAAUCUUUCUGACUUUGAAGCUAUAAAUCGUUGUGAACGGGACUUACCAGAGAACUUUAACUUUGCUGGGGAUGUACUGGAUAGAUGGGCUCAGCUGGAACAGAAAGGAGAGCGUCCCCCUAACCCAGCACUAUGGUGGAUUAAUGACAAAGGAGCUGAGGUGAAAUGGAACUUCAGGGAACUGGGUCUUUUAUCCCGCAAAGUGGCCAAUGCCCUCACCAAGUCAUGUGGUCUCCAGAGAGGAGAGAGAGUUGCUGUGAUUCUACCCAGAGUUCCAGAAUGGUGGCUGGUCAAUGUGGCUUGUAUGAGAACGGGAUUAAUUUUCAUGCCUGGGACAAUCCAGCUGACAGCCAAAGACAUUCUCUACAGGCUAACAGCAUCCAAGGCCAAAUGCAUUGUAGCUAGUGAUGAGGCAGCCCCAGCUGUGGAUUCUAUUGUGUCCAACUGCCCUGCUUUGAAAACCAAGAUUCUGGUGUCAGAAAAUAGCCGCAGUGGAUGGUUAGAUUUCAACGAACUAUUUAAAUCAGCCUCUGAAGAACAUAACUGUGUGAAGACAGGAAGCCAGGAACCCAUGGCUAUCUAUUUUACCAGUGGGACAACAGGUUCUCCCAAAAUGGCCCUGCACUCCCAGAGUAGCCUCGGCAUUGGGUACACUCUUUGUGGAAGGUACUGGCUGGAUUUGAAACCUUCAGAUAUCAUGUGGAACAUGUCUGACACCGGCUGGGUGAAGGCUGCCAUUGGUAGUGUCUUUUCCACCUGGCUUCAAGGAGCCUGUGUCUUCGUGCACCGGAUGACCCAGUUUAACACAGAUAUCUUUUUAGAUACUCUCAACAACUACCCCAUAACCACUCUCUGCAGUGCCCCAACUGUAUACCGGAUGCUUGUACAGAAAGACCUUAAGAGCUGUAACUUCAAAACCCUGAGGCACUGUUUGACUGGAGGGGAGCCACUCAAUCCAGAAGUAAGGGAACAGUGGAAGAGCCAGACGGGACUGGAGUUGUAUGAAGGUUAUGGACAGACUGAAGUGGGAAUAAUUUGUGCCAAUCAGAAAGGAAAUGAAAUUAAGCCUGGAUCAAUGGGAAAGGGAGUGCCACCUUAUGAUGUCCAGAUCAUAGAUGAAAACUGUAAUAUUCUGCCACCUGGUAAAGAAGGGGAUAUUGCCCUUAGAUUAAAAUCUACAAGACCUUUCAGUUUCUUUUCGGAAUAUGUGGACAAUCCAUCAAAAACAGCUGCCACCAUGAGAGGGAAUUUUUAUGUCACUGGAGACCGAGGAAUAAUGGAUAGUGAUGGCUAUUUCUGGUUUGUUGGGAGGGCUGAUGAUGUCAUCAUAUCAUCUGGGUACCGAAUCGGACCAUUUGAGGUUGAAAGUGCCCUCAUUGAGCAUCCAGCUGUUGUAGAAUCAGCUGUUGUCAGCAGUCCAGAUCCUAUCAGAGGAGAGGUGGUGAAAGCCUUUGUUGUUCUGUCUGCACUCUUUAAAUCUGCCAAUACAGAGAAAUUGGCUCUUGAGCUUCAGAAUCAUGUGAAAAAAGUAACUGCACCCUACAAAUACCCCAGGAAGGUGGAAUUUGUUCAAGAACUACCAAAGACCAUCACUGGGAAAAUUAAACGAAACGUACUAAGGGACCAAGAAUGGGGACGAGCUUAGCCUGACCAGAAUACAAAGAUGCUUCUAGUUGACCUACAUAGCAUUCUUCAUUUGUUUUAUCUUCAUCUGCUUCUUACUAAUCUUAAUCAUUAUGUUCUAGUGACUGGUUACUAUCAAAGCACAAUACUAUAUAAUGUUAGUGGGGAUUUUUUUCUUAAAUGUUAAAUUCUUGUUAUUUUUUUUAAAGCUCUAGGAUAGUCCAAAAAUAUAUUGAAAUAAGUGCUCUUUAGACUGUAAAGCCAAAAAUUGAAACUGUACUUCAACUGUCAUGUUCCUUAUUAGCUGGUAAGAAUUUCAGAGAAAAAAAUCAUGUCCUUCCAUAUUUGGUCAGAUUUGUUUUUUUUUUUUUUUUUUAAUUGGUAAAGCGUCUAAUCCAAGUUUUAGAAGCUCAUUAGUUCCAAAGAAUGGACUUAGCAAUACUUUAAAAAUGAUUCCUAAUGCCUUUAAUAUUUAUAUCAAAUAAUCAAAACCAAUAGAUAUAGCAACUAUGUGACCUUAAUUCUAUUCCCCAUAUUCUUCAGGAGAUCAUCAUCUGUCCUCCAUGACCAAUAACUGAAUAUAAAUUCAGCCAAUUUUUUCCCCCCUGAGGCAACUGGAGUUAAGUGACCUGCCCAGGAUUAUGCAGCUGGGAAGUGUUAAGUGUCUGAGGGCAAAUUUGAACUCAGGUCUUCCUGACUUCAGGGCUGGUGCUCUAUCCACUGCACCACCUAGUUCUGACCCUCAGCUAACUUUUAAAUAAUUAUAAGCAUUGGCUACAUUGUUCUCCUAGUUUCAUUUUUAUAACUUGUAAUAGAACUUCAAAAACAGAUAUGAUUUUGCUUUAAAGAAAAUUCACUAUUAAAAUAUCCCUAUUUACAAAACAGGCUAAGGGAGGUUAAUUUUGUUUUUUAAAGAUUCUUGGCUUUAUUAAAAAAAAAUUCUGCACUUAAUUCUUUUUAUGUAGUGAUUCAUUUUCCAUGCAAUUUCAUACCCAUUUUAAGAAUGUGUGGUUUCUUUGAGAGGGAGGAGAGGAUAUUCCUUCACCUGAUACAGAUCACAACUUUCCUAUGAUUUACAAGAGUCUCCUUGGCUGUCACUAUAUAACUGGAAAAAAAAAAGAAUUACCUUUACAGUCAUAUUUCCACACUUGAAUAGGCUAGCCUACAGACCUUAGGCCACUACCGGGUCCAUACUUAAAGCCCAGGCAGUUUAAGAUUUUGCUUAUUCUCUGGAAUUAUAGCCUUUAAAAAUCAAAGAUCACCAUCACACUAAGCUGAAAAACGUCCCAGUUUUAUAAAUAUUUACAUUUC